AUGCUUUUUCCUCUAAUCUCAGAAUAUAAAACUUCUCAUGAUCAGAUUAAUAAAAAUAAAAUGGACCCUCAUUUUUACAAUUAUUACAACAAUGACCUCCAGCCUGCAAAAAAAGGUCUUAUAUCUAUCUCACUUUCAUUUAUCGCUCUAUUUUUGGCAGCGGUUUGCCUUAUAGUAGUGGUACUUUCAGUCAUAAGUGAUGAUACUGAUAAAGACUUGUUUGAGCUACUUCUUAUGCUUUAUUUUGUACCAAUCUUAAUCCUUGGCCUAGGAGGACUCAUAACUAUUCCUUGUUCAUGGUUUAUUUACCUCUAUUAUGCUCUUCUCAAACUUGGUGUGUUUUACUCUUUAAUCGGGAUCUCUUUUUCUGCUUACAUGCUGGUAAGCAUUUUAUCUGAGAAUGGACAUAUUGAGUAUUGGGAAGCUAUGACCUUAUCUGUAUUGACUGGAUUUUCAGUUACAACGUACGCGCUGAUAAGCAAGGCUACUAAAUUGGUUAUAAAAAUACUGGAAAAUUCCAAGGAAAACAAGAAUAACAAUUAUGGAACUCAGCUGAUUGAUGGAAGCCAUAUGAUAAGAAAUCAAUAUUUUUCAGCUCAAGGGAUGGCAUAUGGAGGAAACUCUCAAGUUUAUAAUCAAAGAUAUUACCCUUAA